CUUGGGCUAAAAAUCCAACUCACCGCAUUUUCUAACUGUGUGUGUGACAGAGGUGGGGAACCGAAAGGUUCCCAUCAGAGUUGUUGUCUGAUGUAUUGUGGUUCAAGUUUGGGUAUGAAUGGGCUUAUGAAUUUGAGGUUGGUUGGCAAUGGAUUUGAGUGUAAGCAAAGGUUGAUAGUUUCAGUUGAAUUGAAUUCCCAUUCUGCCUUUCUCCAUCUCAUUGAUUUUUCCCAUCACUCAUUCAUAUCCUUCAAAAUCUUUGAGUUGAAUUAAUCAUGUAUUUAUAUAUAGAUAUACAUCAUCGCUAAAAUUUAGUUGUUUAAAGUGUUAGAAAAAAGGGUGUAGAGCUUUUGAUUUGGGGUGGGUAAAGAUGAAAUAAGUAUAGCAGAUGGACAGGAGGAGUUGGCUUUGGAGGCGUAAGUCUUCAGAGAAAAGUCCAAGCGGUGAAACCGAGAGCACAGAGUCAGUAGUAUCGUCACACUCAGAAAGAUUCUCAGAUGAUCAGGCUCUGUCGAUUCAUAAUAUUCAAUCCCCAGAGGUCACUUGUAAAGCUGCACAAGGUGGUGAAUCUGAUGAUACUGUAAAGACUCUCUCAGAGAAACUGUCCCAGGCUCUUGUUAAUAUCCGUGACAAGCAAGACCUCGUUAAGCAACAUGCUAAAGUUGCUGAAGAAGCUGUUUCGGGAUGGGAAAGAGCAGAGAAGGAGGUGUCGGCCUUGAAGAAACAAAACGAGUCCCUAACGCGCAACAACACAAGCCUUGAGGAGCGCAUAGUUCAUCUCGACGGGGCUCUCAAGGAAUGCCUUAGACAGCUCCGUCAGGCAGUUGACGAGCAAGACGAGAAAAUUCGCUCGGCAGUUGAAGCUCUAGAGAGACACAACUCAGCCCUGAGGCUACAACUCGUCUCGAAAUCCAAGGAACUCGAUUUGCGGACCCACGAGUGUAAUCUCAGCACUCUUGCAGCUGAAACUGCCAGCAAACAGCAUCUCGAUAGUAUAAAAAGAGCUUCCCGCCUCGAAGCUGAGUGCCGCCGUCUCAAGGCAACAACGUCUAAUAAUAAUAAUAAUAAUAAUAAUAAUAAUAAUAAUAAUAAUAAUAAUAAUAAUAAUAAUAAUAAUAAUCGGCCGAUGACUGCAUCAUCAAUUUUCAUGGAGUCCUUCACGGACAGUCAGUCAGACAGCGGGGAAAGAACGCUUUCUAUCGAGAACCAAGGCUUCAAAACAGACAGUCAGGGCCAAAAACGUCAUUUUUUCUCCCUGGUCGAGAUUGGUCUGAUGGAUGAUUUUCUUGACAUGGAGAGGCUGGCGGCAAUGCAAGAGGCACGCAUCUCCGUGCAGGAAAACAAUUUGCGAGGCGAGUUGGUGGCCGUGGUUAGGCGCAUGAGCGAAUUGGACGAGAAUUGCAGGAAAGUAACUGCAGAGAAAGUAGGUUUGGAGAUGGCUCUUGAUGCAUGCCGGGUGCAGCUCAACUUGUCGCAAGAUGAAUUUAGUCGAGUGAAAAAAGAACUCGAGGAUGCCAAAGUAAAGAAAAUAGAAACUGAUUCACAACUUGAAGUGGCAGAACACGAGUUGGAAAGCUUGCGCUCGAGCAUUUUCACGUUAGAGAAAGAAAUUGAGAAAGAAAAGGAGUUUUCACGGGAAACUGUUGGCAGGUGUAAUGUGUUGGAAUCUGAGAUAUCGAGAGUGAAAGCGAAUUCUCAGUUUCAGAGAUCAGCAAUCAUUGAGGAGUUCAGGAUUAACCAGGAUAAAGAAUUGGCAGAAGCUGCAAGUAAGUUUGCUGAGUGUCAGAAGACUAUUGCCUCAAUUGAUCGCCAGCUGAAAUCCCUUGCCACAAUUGAAGAUGUCAUGAUUGACGCCGAUCGAGAGCAGUAGCGGUUAAAUAAAUUUCUUUUGCAUACGGUGUAGUUCUCAACUUGGGGUCGAGCUUUUCACUUGCAUGAUUUAAGCAUCAAUUUAUUUUGACCGUUGAGGGGUUUUCAAACGAGAACGGUGGUGUUCGCGGUAAUUGGUUGUCUCCAUAUAUCAUGCUGAUAUUUGCUGCUAAUAUAAUUUUGCCAUUUCUAGAGUAAUGCUAAAUGAGCAUUUUAUGUGAAGG